UCGUCGGGUGCGCAUCAUGACCAAAGUCACAUGACCGGCAUAGCUUUCUUUGCAAUCGUCUAGCAUCAUCAACCGCAACCACCCACCCGACCCAUCGCCCCUCGACACGCUCGAAUCCGCCCACCAUGUUCCGCACAGCUCUUCUCAGGUCCGCCCGGUCCGCCGUCCGCGCUGCUCCCCGAUGCCAGGCCUCAAUGGCCCGCCCAGCGCGCGCCUUCGUCCAGCCCAAGCAGAUUGCUCCCGCCGCAUACUUCCAGGCCGUACGAAGCUACGCCUCCAGCGCCGGCUUGGCGCAGGAGGAGGUCCAGGGCAGGAUUCUGGACUUGCUGAAGAACUUCGACAAGGUCCAGGACGCCUCGAAGCUCAACGCCGAGUCGCACUUCCACAACGACCUCGGUCUUGAUAGCCUCGACACCGUAGAGGUCGUCAUGGCGAUUGAGGAGGAGUUCAGCAUCGAGAUCCCAGACAAGGAGGCCGAUGUCAUCCACAGCGUCAAGCAAGCAGUGGAGUACAUCCUCCGCCAGCCCGAUGCUCACUAAAUGCUAAUGGAGCGCUGGGUGAUGGAAACGCUGGAUGACGAUUGGAGUGGGAUGGAUUGUCGGGUCUGCCGACAUUGUUAUAUAUUUCCCUGCGUGUAAAACAGCUCUGGGACGGCAACAAGUACUUUUGAUAGAAACGAGGCUAUCCACUUUCA